UGUAAUGCACCAUUAGAAGGAUUAUCCAUUCAUAAUUUAGACUAUUAUGUAUAAUUUAGCCAAUCUACCUGGGGAAAUGAUAAGUCUUUGAGGGAGAUUUCUUUUGGAAUGCGAUGUCGAUGAAAACGCAUUUCUACGGAAAUUAUGAUCAGAUCGGCAUCUGAAAUUGACCAGUAGACCUGAAAUCAAGUCAAAUCGAAGCUGACCCAAAUUCGAAGAAGAUAAGGGAUGGCCAGUGUGCUGAAACCUACGCACAUUCAUCGGCAUCCGCGUUCUCAUCCCAUAUUCCAUCACUCACAACGACAUCGCAACCUCAAGCGCUCCAUAGCGCAAAUUGGAUAUCAACCGCGCCGUCAGUUCAUUCGAAUCACCCAAAUUAAGUGCAAGUAUGAAGAUUCUGGCAACGAACAGCCACCUCGUUCUACUCCCACUGCCUUGCAACUCUACUCCGACAUCGAGAGAUUACUAACUGAGACAGUUAGGCAAUCACAAGAGUCCUGGGGCGGUUUAAAAGACUGGACAGAAGUUGAGGGAGCAUGGGUUCUCAAACCACGUAACUCAACACCGAAGUACGUCGUACAUUUUGUUGGGGGUGUAUUUGUUGGAGCUGCACCUCAGCUUACAUAUCGCUUGUUUUUGGAGCGCCUUUCAGAGAAGGGUAUUUUCAUCAUUGCAACACCCUACUCUAGUGGAUUUGACUAUUUCUUAAUUGCGGAUGAAGUGCAGUUUAAAUUUGAUCGGUGUCAUCGGGCACUUUCCGAAUCAGUUGGAGAUCUUCCCAUUUUUGGUAUUGGCCAUUCUCUGGGAUCUGUCAUCCACCUUUUGAUUGGAUCAAGAUAUGCUGUUGAAAGAAGUGGAAAUGUAGUAAUGGCAUUCAAUAACAAGGAGGCAAGCUCAGCUGUUCCUUUGUUCUCCCCAGUGCUUGUACCAAUGGCUCAAAGCAUGGGGCCUCUCUUAUCACAAAUUGCAUCAUCACCCACUUUUCGUCUUGGGGCAGAGAUGACAAUGAAGCAAUUUGAAAAUCUUGGCUCUCCUAUUAUGAAGCAAGUUCUUCCUUUAGUUGAGCAGCUCCCUCCCUUGUACAUGGACCUGGUGAGGGGAACACAAGAUUUUACCCCAAACCCAGAAGAAACUCGACGACUCAUAAAGUCAUACUAUGGCAUAGCCCGAAACCUUCUCGUGAAGUUCAAGGACGAUACAAUCGAUGAAACUUCGAUGCUAGCUCAGUUGCUUAGCUCGGAGUCUGCAAUAAGUUCGAUGCUGGACAUGUCAACUCGGUCGUUGCCUGGCAAUCAUGGGUUGCCCUUGCAGCAGGCCCUCCCCGACGUACCGCCAGCAAUGGUGGAUGCUGUAAGCAGAGGUAGUGAAGUUUUUACCAAUCUAACUGCGGGGACACCUUGGGAGACCGCAGCAAAAGAAGUAGGGAACACAUUUGGCAUUGACUCAAAAAUCCUUGGGGCUGAAGUAAGCAAGGAUCUAGAGCUGCUGGUGGAUGUGGUAACAUCAUGGAUGGCCUCAAACAUGGGUCCGAAACUGUUGAGGCCAUGAAUAUUAUCAUGGCGUUCAGUUUGGCAGCCAUCCCACAUAUUCAGUUCAUGUCUAUAAUACACAAGUACUGCCAUGAUUAUGAAUUGAUGAACUUAAAUUACAGUGAGUGAUAAUAAUAUUGUGUUUCAAAAGAUCAUAUAGAUGCCAAUUUUCU